AUGCUUCCAAAUUUUAUUGCCGGCCUUGGUCUUGGCCUAUCUCUCAUUCAUGGAGUUACGGCUUCGCCAACCAGCCAUGUUAAUAUCCCCCGCGAUCCCUCGUUCGAUAUUAGCCGUAUCGAACACCAUGAAGAUAAGGAGCUGCUGGCAGCAAUUAGCAAAUACUUCAUCUCCUUCACUACUGGAGAUUAUGAUGGAAUGAGCGCUCUACAAGCAGAGGACUUCCACAUCACGGAUAUUCCUCUUGAGAUUGUGAGGGCGAACAAGCAACAGUGGAAUAAAGCAAACUCGGGUUUCAGUUCUCUCAUGACAAAUGUCACUGUUGAAGCCAUUUCUAUUGCUGGCAGUUCUGAGCCUGGCUCAUUCGCUGCUAUGGAGAAUGUUGUUCGGUUUACCUUGGCGGUUGAUCCUCCACCUGAUGCCGCGAAAAAUCUGCCACCCGGUAUCAAGAAGGGUGAUAGAUCGGGCAUGAUUAUGUUGUCUACCAUCUGGUGGAAUGAGGAUGGGUUGGUGUAUCGUGACUUGGAGUACGGCAGACUGAUCUGGGAUCAUUUUGAUAUUGAUGCUUUCAAGACCUCAGAGGAAGCAGAACUCUAG